UAUUUAAGGUAAAUUUUCAAGCAUCGCUGAGGAGAAGAGGCAGAAUGGUACUGUAAUAAAAAUGGAUGAUCUGUAUGGAAACUUUCUGGUUGUAAUAACUGGAUACUCAGGCUUACUAGAGAGCUGCUACUAGGGGACACACCUGAGGCUGCUUGGUUAUAAUGGAGAUAGAAUGAGAGAUGCUGCUAGAGAGAUAGAUACUGCUAAAGGGGUGCCCUGGAGCUGCCUAUUGAUCACUAAUAGCUAAUAAGUCAAGAUGUUCCCUACCCUCCUCCUCCCUUCACCUCCCAGGUUUCACCCAGCCCUUUUGCCUCCCUUUCCCCUCCCCCAGCCAGAGUAUCCAGUUACCAUAACCAGACAUAGUUUCCACACAGAUUAUCAUUUUUAUUACAAUUGGCACCUCAAGUUUGACUGAACCCCACAAUCCUACUAUAAUAUCUUAUCACCGGUGCUACUACAGGCAGUGUAGUAAAGAAGAAAGACAAAAUGUUCAGACAAGUUGUUUUCGGAGUGGUGGUUGUUGCAGCCAUGGCCUGCUUUUGGGUUUAUCACAUUUUGUAGAGCAAACUUACCCAUAUGGUAGUGGAUACUAUUAAUUAUAUAGGCAGCGUUAUAAUGUCUGUUUUGCAGUUGCCAUUCCAAAAUGAACUGGUACUCUGGCAAGUCCUAGGACAAGUAUAUGUACUCUUUAUGGCUAUCCUUCAGACUCUAACCUAACUUAAGAAGUUCUUCAGAUUUGUGGUUCCCCUUAAGGCAUAGAAGAUUAUGGCUGUUGAUGCCAACCUAGAAGACAUGAUUAAGGCUGUGUUUGAACAAUUGAUUAAGGAAAAAGAACUAGAUCUGGUUAUGGGCAAGGACAAUGGGCAAACCGAGAAUGUACCUCAGGAAAAUGAAGGUGACAAUGAGAACAAGACUGCUAGUGAACCUGAGAAAAUCUGUCCUUUAAAAGAGAUCACUAAGCUAACCAGUAAUGCUGGUGUGAUACACUCAAAAGCCCAUAGACAAUUCACUCCUCAGGAACUUGAAUCCAUAAAGCGCUGUUUCCCUAAAUUUGUAGAGAAUCCCCUCAAAUCUCAGGAGGAGCUUAAAUAGGCCUUCAGGAUCUUUGAUCCGGAUUUCGAGGAUGUAGAGUUCCUAUUGUCAGAACUGUUCAGCUCCCAUGAACAGAGGCAAUUCUUGGAGAAGUCAAGAUCUGACAGCAAUUUGACUAGCUGGCCAACUGUAGAGCAAAGGGUGGAUAUGGACUUUGCACAUCUUAUCUGCAUGUCAUACCUUAGAAGAUGUAGGGAGCACUUACUACAGGCCAUUAAACUAUGCUGUUCAAAACCCAAUGCAUGGGCUUAGUUUGACAAGAUCAUGAAGGAUAAAGGGGAACAUCCUGUCACAUACAUAGACCGUCUGUCAGAGAUGGCAGAUUCCAUCUUAGGUCUAGAAGCUGAAAGUGAAGAAUGUGCAAGCCAUGUCCAUAGGCAAUUUCUAAGGGGUUGCUCACCAAAUUUGAAAGAAUUUUUCAGACACUAUUUCCCUAAAUAUGACUCAGUUUCUCUGAUUGAAUUGAGAGACACAACAAGUUAACUUGUUUGAAAAUAAUUCAGAACAGUGCAAACAAGUCCAAGACCUGAAGGAAAAGUUAGAGAGGACUGAAAAUGAUCUUAAACAAAAGGAAAUUGAUGAUAUAAAAACUCUGAACAUGGUUAAGACUUACACAAAAUCUAGUUACCAGAAACCUAGUUACAAGGGAAGACCAGUGCAGAAAGAGACUAGGGAAUGUUUCUUUUGCCACAAAAAAAGGUCACUUGAUUAGAAAUUGCUUUUUGAAGAAGAAACAUGAGAGUAAUAACAAAGACAUACAAAAUGCACAAACUAGAUACAAGAAAUCCACUUGUUGUUCACAUUGCAAGUUAAAGUCCUCAUAGCAAGCUCUGGACUUGAAUGAAAUGCAACUGGCCAUAAAAACUGGAGCUAAGCCUAAGUAUUCUGAUAUGGUUAGGAAAGAAUUAUGAAGCCAGGCCCAUAAGAUAUAUAGUGUGACAAAUGGAGAUAGAAGAAAUUGUGAGAAUAAGGCUGCAGUUGAAAAUAGUGGACAAAAGUUGGGAAAUGGUGUAAAGAUAGUGCAAGAAUGUGUAUCUGUGAGUGAUAGCCAUUGCAGUAAAGCAAGAGAAAGGCAGAGACAGAUUAUAAAGGCAGAAAUUAUGGAAAUAACAUCUCAAAUAGUAAAUGAGAUGAAAGACUUUGAAAUGAGUUGUAUAGUAACUAAGCAGGAAAAGUCUGUGAAGGAAAUCAGAUGAUUGCUAGAGAACUUUUUCCAGUGUAGAGUAGAUAAUGGGAUUGAAUUAUACAAAAGGAAAAGAAUGAAAAAGUCACAAGAACUCAAGCAGAAGUUUGUGACAGAUACAGAGACACAUAAUUUCAAUUCCCUAAAGGUUACUGUUGGUACAGAAGGAAAUAUAAAGGCUUUGAAACCAUUCACUUAGUUAAUUAUGUAAAUAGCUUUAUGGCACAGAUACCCUUACAAAAUCCAUCUAAUUUGAAUCCAGAAACUAGUACCUUCCAUUCAGCAAUGAGUGAUAUAGUUAAGGGAAAAUUAACUGGAAAUGAAAAUUAAACUACUUUUGAAAAAAUUAAUCAUAUUCAAAGUAAUGGAGGUGUACUGACAGUUAAAUUUGAAGAGGGGGUAUGGAAUGGAAUUCUUACCAACUAGAAAAACUACCAUGGAUUCAAAAGACGGUCUUGAACCCAACAUUCUAAGGGGCAAAGGGGUAUCUGGCCAAAGCAACUGCUGUGAUUUAGGUUCAUGUUCCAUAGAGAUUGAAUCAAAUCAAAAAGAAUUGACUGAGUUAUAUAUGCACCUGGCAGAGAGUAACAAGGACAUGAACACUGAGUCAGUAGUUAUGAACACCUUAGCUAUAAAGCCAGAAACAGAUAUAUGUUGUAGUGGGGGACAAUAUGAAAGCACACAUCCUAAUGAUAAUGCAGGGGGACAUGCCAACUUAUUCCCUGAAGAAAGUAAUAAGAUAGAGGGAAAGAUUCCUAUCUUUACACAGUCAAAUGAGAAUGAAUAUAAACAUAAAUCCCAGACUAAUGGUAGAGUAGGAUUUAUGAUUAUUAACAGUAUAGAAGAUCUGCAUAACCCCAUACCAUCAAGUUUACCAAUUCUAAAUGAAAAUCUUAAGCUUAGUAGUGAGACACAUUCAGAAACUGAUUUGAGAAACACAGAAGCUGGUGACAUAGGCUUAGAUCAAAACACGAAGCCAGAGUUAUCAACAUCUGACAAAAGUUUACAUGGCAUUGAGCAAAAUCCAAAGAACAUAGUGAUUGGGUUUAGUGAUUCUGAUUCAGACACAGAAUCAGAAGGAAUAUCAGAAGGUGUGAAUGAAGAUCAUUUAGAACAAAUGCCUUAUCAGUUUUAUAAGCUUUAUGAAGAGAUAGAUGAAGAAGGGGAUUUGUGGGACACAAGUGAAAAGAUAGUAUACCUGGAACCAGUGCAAACAAAAUCUUACCAAGACUAUGAUGAGGAAUUAUUCUUUGGGCACAGAACAAGUUGCAUACCAUUGGAAGAACUUUAUGCAAGCUUAGGGGUUGAUAAUGAAGAUGACUUUAUAGAUAAGUUGAAUUACAUGGCUUGUGCAGAUACAGAUUUUGAAUGGGAAGGAGAAUAUUAAGGAACAUAUUAAAGAACUGGAGGAGGAGAGAUAGAUACACAAUUUCACUUCUAUUCUCUAACUUCAAAGACAUGACAAGUACCAUUUAUGCUGUAACUGUGACACCAAGAUUUGUUGGAGUUCCAUAGGGUGACAUACUACACAAAACCUUAUGUGAAUGAGAACUAGGCUUGGGGUAGCAUAGAAAAUAAGUUGUUUCAGCUAAAGAAGUACAAGUAAUUCAACAAGAACACUCCUAAACUUGUAGCAAUAUUCCAACUUCAUAACUAGGUAAGACACAAACAUCUAGAAUGCUAGAGAAGCAUGGAUUCACAUUGGUUGAAUCUGUUAUAAUAAGACUUUAACAUCAAGUUGUUGUUGAGACCGGAAAGAAGAAGGUUAUCUCUCAACUUUCAUCCUAAAACAGUCUCUACCAGAGGAAGGAAGAGAGAGAGGGUAUACCAUGAAGAUGUUUCUUCAGAGUUUCAGCAACCUCUCUAGACACAACAAUAUGAUCCUGUCAAUCAGUGAAGAUACAUACAAAAGACAUGAGGAAAAAAAGUUCUAAUCAUGAACUGCAACAUGAAUAGCUAAGAAGAAAUCAAAAACAGCCUUGUGGAUGAAAGCCUAAUGAUAACAGGAAAGCAUCCCUGAAGUAAAUAGUACAGUUCCAGUAAGAAAUGCAGCCAACACUGAAAAAUAUGCCUUUAAAGAGUAGCAGCCACAAUAAAUCUAUAUCAUUUUUAUACAUAGCCUCUGCCUAUCAACACAGUAACAAAACAGAAAGGAACAGUAUUUUUAUAAAUGAAUACAUAAUUUUUCUACAUUCUAUCUCCAGGAAAUGAUUACAGUAAACAUGCAAUAAAUCUUCUAGUGAAAGGUGAAACAAGAAUUAGCAAACUUGAAAAAAAUAAUUGAAAUCAUUAUUAACAAAAUCUUGAGAACCUAUGCAUAAUGCUCAUACCCAUCCGUGAAAAACACAUGUUCAGCUUACUUGCAGGCACAAAGAUGUACAUAUGCAAACCUUACCCCCAUACAUGAAGAAAAUACAUGUUAUCUUACUUGCAGACAUGAAGAAUGAUUGAUAAAUUCUGACAUUCACAAAGAUUUCAACUUACUUCCAUGCAAAUGUACUUUUCACUCUUACUUGCACACACAUGUAAAAAUCUCACAUGCAUACAUGGUUCGUGGUUUGUUUGUGUGGUCCCGGUUCCUGAUUGAUUAUUCCAGUGGAUCCUGAUUGGAAGAAGAUGUCUUCGAUCAAGACCAGAUGAUGGCGACUGGCAUGCAGACCAGAUGGAGGGCCAGAGAGGAAGAAAGAGUUUCUACAAGCAACAUUAAAGGACAUGGAAGGAUUUUGGAACUUUUGAUUCAUAUAUUAAGACCUGCAAUGAGAAUAAGGAUUCAGGUCAAAAGCAGAAGAUUUCUUCAGAAUCCAGGAAUUUUAACAUGACAUCAGAAAAAGUCCAAAGAAUCCCCUCUCCGCCCCCCAUCCCAUCCUGAUUGUUAUAGAAUAUCUGAACUGAAGCCUAUGUUAGAGAGGCAAUGGUAAGUACCUACAAGGGAAAAAAUAGGGAAAGAGAAGAAAAAUAGCACUAAAGUAACAGCCAAUGAUGAUAAAACUCCUACUGGAAUGGGAGAGCACACAUAUAAGAAAUUAGGAAAAAAGAACUGGAUUAACUCACAUCUUCGUACACACCAGGAAAUUCCCAAAGAAUAUGGGUCGUAUGUAUGUAGUCAGCAUAGCAAAUAUUUCCAUCAAAGUUCAGAUCAUUAUCAAUACCAAGAAACCAAUAUUCUUGGGAAGAAAUCUUAUAAAUCUAAAUGUAAAGAAUGUUGAUGAACUUUUAGUUAUAAAACAAAAUAUAGGCAAUAUCAGAGAAUUCUUUCCUGGAGGAAACCUUACAAAUGUAAAGAAUAACUUGCCAUGGUAAUUCUAUCAGCCCCAGAGAGGCUACUCUACUAGUCCCAAGGCUACCCUAUUAGCCUGGAGGGUAACCCAUCAACACCAAGGCUAUCUGGUGAGCCCCCAGGCUAUUCUACCAACUAUCACCACCUUAAAGCUCUUCUUCUUCUUUUUUUUUUUUAGAU